AUCAGAGGGAGGGAGGAGGAGAGAAAGGACGCGACAAAACUACACCUCCCAGAAGGCCUCAGGGCUCCGUACCUCCUGAGUUUCAAGAUGUCUUCCUUAAACAGAAUGGUAACAUAUGUGAAAACUGCAUGGGGCAAGGAACCAGUGAUUGUAAGCUCCAUAGUCAUUGCAAUUGUGGCUGUAGCCCUGCCAUGGGUGAGCCCCAUUGCCCGUUAUUCUGCAUUAAUGAAUGAGCGCAUGCCAUAUCACUACCCAGUGCCAGUUCGAGAUGAUGGUAAUAUGGCAGAUAUUCCCGCUCAUCCCUGUGACAAGGACGGUGAACAACUCGAGUGGCUGAGGAAAUGAGAAUCGGCAGAGGGUAGAUCUCCCCGAAAACUUCCCCUGCCUUGGUUGUACAUGUGUGUUAUUGUCAGGGGCAAUAAAUUUCCCUGUUGUAUUUAAAAGCA